GUCACCUUUUACAUAUGUUAAACAAAAUACAGAAAUAAUAGUGGAAAAACUACGUCUUCACCACUAAUCUUCUUUACAAUAGUCGAUUUUCCUGCAUUAUCCAAGCCUCUAUAAACAUAUUAGAAUUUAAAUUAAACUUUUAUAAAAAAAGACAAAUUUACAGCAUCAAAAUACGUAUUUCUUUAUCUUUUCUCCUCUGUUUCUUGAUAAUUGUAUAAAGGCCCAUUUUUUAUAAGGAAAACUCAAUUUUUCAGAUCUUUUUAAUAUACAUUCAUUAUAAAUUUUAACCGAAAACCGUCUACACUUUGUCAAAAAUUAGAAUCAUUUUUUUCAGGAAGUUAUCAGAUAAAUAAAGCAAAAAUAUGCCAUGCAAAUGAAUGAAUUAUAUUUGAGAAUCUUCUAAUAAAAAAAAGAUGAAUCAAAUACCUAAAUUCAAUAGUUUUAAAACACAUCUUCUUCAAAAACAAAAAGACCUACAUAAAAAGGAAGAAACACAAGAAUUAUUAGAUGAUUUAAAGAAGAAAAAAUCUUAUAUUGAAGAUGAAGAAUAUGAAAAAAAGAAUAUAAAUAAAAUAAGCUAUGAUAGAAAAAAAAUAGAAGAAAAAAACAAAUUGUUUAUUAUUGAUUUAUCAGGAGAUAUAAAUAAUAUAAAAUAUGGCAAAAAUGAUCAAUAUUCUAUACCAUAUUAUCGAAGAUCAGGGCAUGGACGUGUACUUGGAUGUAAGGAAAAUAUAAGAUUACGGGUUUAUCCAGAAAAUCCUAAUGAAAUUAUUUUGUUUCCAUUAUCAAGCUAUAAUAAUUAUAAAAAAGUAUUUAAUUCAGAACUUAAUCAGAAUCUACAAUAUCUAAAAGAAGCUAAAGAAUCAAAUCAUUUUAAUGAAGUAAACUAUCAGGAAAAUUAUAUUCCUUUUGAAGUUGAGAACUCAGAUACGCCAUCUAUAACAAAUGAUUCAAAAAACCAUUCAAAUAACAUUAGUCCUGAAUCAGAUAAAAUAGAAAAUGACGUUAACAUAUUACAUAUAUGGAAAAAAGGCGAUCCUCAAUUAGAAUUAAAAGAAUUGUCAAAAAAAAUAGAAGAAUCUCCAUUAGAUUAUAAAUCAUGGUUAAAAUUGGUUGAUAUACAAGAUAAAAUAUUAUGGACAAAUAAUAAUAAAAAAUCUAAAGUGGAACAAUUAGCUGUUAACGAAGUUAAACUUAAAAUACUGGAAAAAGCAUUAUCGCAUUGUCCUGAUAAUGAUGACCUUCUUCUAAAAUAUAUGUCUAUAAUAAUUUUAAUUUGGGAACCCCAAAAAAUAAAUCUAGAAUGGAAUAAAAUUUUAAAAAAAAGCUUAAGUUUACCUCUUUGGAAAAAAUAUAUGGAUUUCUACCAAACUAAUUCAAUAUCUUUUGCUUAUAAUGAAUGCCUUGAAAAUUUUCAAAAUAAUCUUCAAAUUCUUAAAGAAGCAUCAAAAAAUGAAAAAUGCCAGAGAAAAAUAGAAAACAUAGAAGAAAUUAUACAAUAUAUUCUUAUUCGAAUAUGGUUUUAUAUGAAAGAAGCAGGAUAUACAGAAAAUUCUAUUGCUUCUAUUCAAGCAUUAAUUGAGUUUAAUUUUUUUAUGCCAAAUAAUUUUUUGUCUAAUAUUAAUGAUGUCAAUUGUUUACAAGAUUUUGAGCAAUUUUGGGACUCAGAAGUCCCUAGAUUUGGAGAAGAUGGAGCUAAAGGAUGGAAAAAUUAUCAUAAUAAAUACCAACAUAUAGUAUUAUUUGAGAACGAUUCUAGCGACAUAUCUCUUUCUAAUAAUGAAAAUAUAUCUCAAAAUAUUGAAGAUGAAUAUACAAAAUGGUAUAAACAAGAAACAGCUAAAAAUUCUUAUAUAAAUCCAAAAAGAUCUACUAAUACGAAUACUGAAAACGAUCCCUAUUCCGUGAUUUUAUUUUCUGAUAUUGAGCAAUUAUUAUAUUUCUUUACAACAGAUAGAAUACGCUUAGGCUUAAUAUAUUUUUCGCUACAUUUCUUUGGAUUUUCACUACAUAGGAUAGACAAAACAUCUAAUGAAUCACCUUUAUUGGAUUCGUUUAUACAGGAUUUUUUGCCAAUUGAUUCAUUUAACUGGUUUUGGUCAAACGAAUACCUAUCCUUAAAACCUUCCCAACAAUUCAAUAAAAAUGCUAUUGAUUCUGAUUAUCUAUUAAAGCAUCUGAAAAGUCCAGUACAUAUUAAAUUAAAAAAUUGGCCAAUAACUAUUGACACUUUAUUUUCAAUUGAUAAUACCUGGUAUCAAAAUAUUGAUUGUCAAGGAUUUGACAAAGAUUUCAUAAAAAGAUACUUUGAACAAUUAGAAAGUGUAAUAGAUGACGAUUUAUUUUCCAUGUUACAUCUCUUAUUCCGGAAUUAUUAUUCAUCAUCUGAUGUACGAAAAUUGGCCAAAUUUAUUCUUAAGAAAAAACCUUUAAAUAUGAAAUUAUGGUGUGCAUACGCCCAGCUCGAAUAUAUUAAUGGAAAUAUAUUAGAGGCCAGAAAGAUUUUUGUAAAUACAUUAAAAAAUAUUAAACCAGAUCAUACAGAAAAAUUUUAUGACUAUCUUGUCGCUUAUAAAUUAUGGGCAGAAAUAGAAAUGAAAAAUAACGAGAUUAACAAUUCGAUCAAAAUACUAGUAUCUAUGGUAGAAAGCGAAUUAAAUAUUGAAACAUUGAUAUUUAACGAUGAAAAAAUAUGCUCGGAUUCUAUAUUAUUAAAGGCUCAAAAGGUAUAUUAGUUCAAGUUAUAUCUAAAAAAGGCUCAUUUCCAGUCUUUUCAACAUCUAAAUAGGUUAUCAUUAUCUUUUGGAAAUUAUAAAAUGCUUCGUUUAUUUACAGAAUGUUACGCAUUGUUAAAUUAUUUAAUUAAAUCAUUAGAUAAUGCUCUAGAAGUAUAUUGUCAAGCAAAAAAUGAUUUCAAUAAUUCAGUUAAUUCUAAUUCCAUCGAAUAUGAACAGCUUUUAACUUCAGAAUUACGAUUACUUUACUUUUGUUCACAAACAACUAAAGUAUUUAAAAUCUCUACCAUUCAGGAUAGAGCAAGAACUGCAUUAUCUAAAUUUCCUAAUAAUUGUAUAUUCUUAUCUAUAUUUAUCUGGUCAGAAGCGAAAUCAUUACUUAAAACAAAGAUCUACCAUUAUUUUGAAAAAAAUAUAUUUAAAACUGAAAAAUCAUCUUAUAUUGUUUUUCUUUCUGCAAUAUGGGCCGAGUUAUAUAUUAAUCCUUAUAACAUUAAUACGCAUGCAAUAAGAUCUUUAUUUGAAAGAGCAGUAGAAAAUCAAGAAACAAAAUCUGAUUUAAUAAUAUGGAAAUUAUAUAUUCAGUUUGAGAUACAAUAUGGAACCUUAGAAAAAGGAAAAGCAAUUUUUUAUAGAGCAAUUAGGGACUGUCCUUGGUCAAAAAAUCUUAUACUUAUUGCAUUUAAUGAACUACGGUCACAAUUUAACUCUGAAGAAUUAACCAAGUUAUAUAAUACUAUGAUUGAAAGAGAAUUUAGAAUUUCCAUAGAUUUGGAAAUUGCAAAAAAUAUACAAGAAACAAGCUACUCAUGUCUAGCACAACUACCACAGGAUAUAAGUAGUGAUGAAGCAAUGGAAUAAUUUUUAGACAUCAAAUAUUUAUUAAUAUAAGACC